CGCAAACUGUUUAGAAGUAUUAUCAGAAUGCAAAUACCCCAAAACAAAAACAUCCAAAAAUUAUACAAGCAGCCUCAGUCUAGGUUGUGAUUCUUUCAGGCGAGGGUAGCAAAGCCCGGAAAAUGAAGAUCCUAACGAUUGGGACAUUGCUUCUGGUCAGCGGUGUGGUAUCCGCCAACAAUUUCCACUACCACCCCUACGAGGAACUUGGUCAAAAACAGCAUGGCGAUCUGGUGAUACAGCAAGUGUAUAGCCCGGAAUCGCAAGCAACGAAGAAUUUAAUCAACGUAUGGCCAAAUAGAACCAUUCCAUAUCUGUUCGAAGAAAGCAUCGAUGAAAACCAACAGGCAAUUAUCUUAUCCGCCAUGGAGGCAAUCCAGGAUGUCAGCUGCAUUAGGUUCAUCCCAAAACUGGAAAAUCACAUAAACUACGUCCUAAUAACUGCUGACGCAUCCGGAUGCUGGUCGUCACUGGGAAUGCACGGUGGCGAGCAAUACAUGAAUUUGGAUCCUCGUGGCUGUAUGCAGAAGGGAGCAGUGCUGCACCAGCUGAUGCAUGUCCUUGGCUUCAUCCAUCCCUCCAGCCGCCCCGAUCGGGAUCUGUUUGUCAAAGUUGAGCUGGACAAUGUAAACCUCUACGAGCAGUCGCAGUUUGAUCAGGUUGAGCCAGGUGCAUUUGACGAUUUUGGAAUGACGUAUGACUACGAUAGCAUUCUACACCGCAGUGGGUUGGCAUUUAGCGCUACCGGACAGCACACUAUUAUUCCAUUGCACGAAGAGGUUGUGCUUGGACAACGUGAAACCCUAAGCUUCAAGGAUAUCCGCAAGCUGAACAGAUCAUAUUGCACAUUAGUUCCCGAUAACGAGUAAAUGUAAAUAAUUCUAUGCAUGAUUAUUAUUCUUGUUUAUAUUCAUGUUGCAAAAGUGUUUAUCAGUAAUCACGUGUGGUAUCAGAAUAAACGUAUUGAGUGCCCCCCGCGUAGCACACUUACGUAUCUUGAUCUCA